UCUCGUGGCUCGUUCCGCGCUGGCUCACCGUUGCCGACUCUGAGGUCUUCUCGCGGUCGAACCGGUGCCCUGCGAAGACAAUCGACGAACCAGCACUACCAAACCUUUCCGACACCACCACCGAGAACAGCGGGCUACCGCGGCCGUAGCUCCGGCUCCGGCUCUUCUUCUGGGGAGUCUGUUGCGAGCAACGAGCAUCACUCGGCCACACCGUUGCCAGCGGCACAAUUAGCGCUGCUCGCGUUGCUUUCGUUGGCGGAGCAGACUGCCUUGAAUUCGAUAUCGCCCUAUCUACCAGAGAUGGUUGCCUCGUUUCCGGGAGUAGACAGUGAAAAAGUGGGCGUAUACGUUGGUCUGCUUGCAUCUUCAUUCGCAUUGGCGCAGCUCACGACGAAUCUCAUGUGGGGAUACCUCUCUGACAUCAUCGGCCGGAAACCCGUCAUGCUUCUGGGCACAUCGCUGCUUUGCUUGUGCUUCGCCCUCUUCGGUUUCUGCACACAGUACUGGCAUAUUGUGCUUGUGCACGUGGCCAUGGGCUUGCUCAACGGCAAUGCAGCAGUUGUGCCAACCUGCCUUGGGGAGUUGACGGAUCGGAGCAACCAGAGCAAGGCUUUCACGUGGCUGCCAGUGGUUUACAGCCUGGGCAGUAUCACCGGACCGGCCCUUGGUGGCUUGUUGGUGGGCAAGGUAGCCGGCGACAGAUACCCCUUCCUCGCCCCCAACAUUCUGGGCUCAUCUCUACUUGCAGCGAGUGUCAUUGUCUUGUUGAUCUGGUUUGACGAAACGCUGGAGGAGAAGGGCAAGCCAUUCGAUUUUCGCGAAAAGCUUGGCUCUCUAUGCUCUUGCCUAAAGAGGACCAAGAACAAACUGAAGCGCCGGCGGGACCGCUCAACAGUGUAUGGUACCACAGACACGUUGGAAGAAGAAGACGAGGAAAACGAGGAACGUGGACUUCUUGGGUCAGACGACGACGAAGACGGCGCCAAAAGUCCGUCCGACGCUGCGACAUGGCGGCAGCUUCUCAACCGCACCACUUUGCUACUGUUGACCACGUAUCUCGUAUUUCAAGUAUCAAACAUCUCAUUCAGCAGCUUAUACCCGCUCUUUGCGUCCGGGCCAAAGCCGACAGGCCGGGGUUUACCCGCAGAUGUCAUCGGCAUUUCGCUAUCAAUCGCGGGCAUAUUCACAAUCUUGUUCCAACUUUUCGCAUUCAGGCCGAUCAAGGCCAAACUGGGGAAUCUGGGUACCUACCGAGGAUCGCUGCUUGGGCUUGCCAUCAGCAUGGCGCUAAUGCCAUGGGUCGGGUACAAGGACUCUGCGCCUCCAUUUGGUGUUGGAAGCAGCAAAAUCUGGCUAUAUGCAGAGCUGGGCAUCAUUUUGGUCAUCAAGAACAUAUGCGCUGUUGGAGGGUUAUCCAGUGUCAUGUUACUGAUUACGAACUCUGCGCCAUCCCAUGCUAGUCUAGGAACAUUGCAAGGUGUUGCUCAAACAUUGUCUGCAGCAGGCCGAAGCUUUGGUCCCUUCGUAUCCGGAAGUCUCUUCUCUCUAUCAGUACACGUCCAGCCCAAAGGAGAAGCAUUGGCAUGGGGCCUGUUUGCAGGUAUCUCACUUGCUGGGUGGCUAGGAAGCUAUGCUAUCCACGCAGAAGGGUUGGAGAGCACUGAUGAUGGCUAUGAAGAAGACGAAGAGGAU